AUGGAGGUAACAGUUGAUGGGUAUUAUAGAUUAGGGACUAAGGAAGGGCUUUUAAAAUCGUUAUAUUCCAGGUCUCAAUUCUCAAUAUGCCAAAAAAAUUUAAUAACAAUUGACCAAGUUCCAAGAGAAAAUACAUUUGCUUUACGCACAAUUGCAACUCAACAAUCUACAGGAACUGGACAAGGUUUUAUAAAAUGCACAUGCAAGACAAAGUGUCAAUCCGAAAAAUGUUUAUGUGUAAAGAAUAAUAUUUUAUGCAGUUCAACAUGCCAUUCAUCAUCUGUAUGCUGUAAUAAAUGA